CCUUUGAUUCCAAUUUUUUGAAGUAGCGUGCUAGCUGGAUUGUUAGUUUUGAAUCUUUGAGAUGUCAAGCAUGAUAUAAACAUGUUUUCGUAAGAGGAAAACAUAUAAAGCAUUGAGAAUAUUCUAAAAGACAUGAGAGACUGAUAUUGCUUAAAGAAUGUGCAGCAUAACGCUCAAGUGAUUUAAGAUAUCAAUGAUAUAAUUUCUAGCAGUAUCCUUUGGCCACACUAGAAGGAAGCGCCCAGGCAUAAAACCUUGCAUGAUUUAUCAUAAUUAAAGUUUUAGUUCAAUAAUUUUUUGAUGAAAUUCAAUACUAAUUUGAUUAUUACACUAAAUGCUUCCAAAAGUAAUCGAAUUUGUAUGUGUUGCUAACAAAAAUAUAAGUGGUGGACAGGAAUACUUCUUGGCCAAAUUCAAUGAGCAUGUGGCCUUGUAUCAGCGAACUUCUUAUUCAGAGUUGACAGCUAGUUUAUGGCUUUCCUUGCGCCUUCAGUUAUUAGCAGCAUUUAUCAUCUCGUUUGUUGCGACAAUGGCUGUUAUUGGAUCUGGUGGCAAUUUGCCCAUUAGUUUUGGUACCCCAGGGCUGGUAGGAUUGGCACUCUCAUAUGCAGCACCGAUUGUUUCUUUGUUGGGGAGUUUUUUGACAAGUUUUACUGAAACAGAGAAGGAAAUGGUUUCAAUUGAGAGAGUUCUUGAGUAUAUGGAUGUACCACAAGAAGAACUCAGUGGACACCAGCCUCUGAGCACAGAUUGGCCAUUUCAUGGAUUGAUUGAGUUUCAGAAUGUUACCAUGAGAUAUAAGCGUUCGUUACCAGCUGCACUGCAUGAUGUCACAUUCACUAUAGUGGGAGGAACACAGGUUGGAAUUAUUGGAAGAACGGGUGCUGGAAAAUCUAGUGUCCUGAAUGCCCUUUUUCGCCUCACCCCUAUAUGUGGUGGGCGGAUUCUGGUGGAUGGACUUGACAUAAACAGUGCCCCUUUGAGAGAUCUUCGUGCACAUUUAGCCAUUGUUCCUCAGAGUCCCUUCUUAUUUCAGGGAUCAUUAAGGGACAACCUAGAUCCACUGCGGAUGUGCAAUGACUUGAAAAUUUGGAAUAUUUUGGAGAAAUGCCAUGUGAAGGAGGAAGUUGAAGCAGCAGGUGGAUUGGAUAUUCAUGUGAAGGAAUCUGGGAUGUCAUUUUCUGUUGGGCAAAGGCAGCUUCUUUGUCUUGCACGUGCUCUUCUGAAAUCAUCGAAGGUACUCUGUUUGGAUGAAUGCACAGCUAAUGUUGAUACUCAAACAGCUUCAAUCCUACAAAAUACAAUAUCUAGUGAAUGUAGAGGCAUGACAGUUAUCACAAUUGCUCAUCGAAUUUCGACAAUUUUGAAUAUGGACAAGAUCCUAAUUCUUGAUCAUGGAAACCUGGUUGAAGAAGGAAACCCUCAAACUCUUAUGCAAGAUGAAUCCUCCAUAUUUUCAAAAUUUGCUAGGGCUUCAACGAUGUAAUGCUGAUAUCUUAUUAUUCAUCUCAAGUAGGUUUGUGCCGUAACUGACCUUUUGUUGUAACUUUAUAGAUCAUUAAUAACUUAAGUAUGCCCUUUUAGCAAUUGAAUCUGAUCUUGAAUCUGCUCACUGUAAAAUGCUAAUUCUACUAGUGAUAGAUAUAAUCUGUAUUCAGUAUAACUAGUUCAAACUUUUGUUUUUUAUU